AUGUCUAAACCCCUUCUCAUCAAGCCCUUUGGCUUGUCGCAGGUAUAUCUGCCACGCGAUGAGCCCAAGGUUGAUAUCGUCUUUGUUCAUGGCUUGAACGGUCACCCUCACGACUCGUGGACGAGCAAGAACACCGGGACCUUCUGGCCGGUCGACCUCUUGCCUGAUGUUCUUGCUGCACAAAACCCUCGUAUCCUCACCUACGGCUACAACGCAAAUGUCACGGCUUUUACAGAUGGCGUGUCUCGAGACUCAGUCGUUAGCCAUGCCGAAACACUCGCCUCUAGUCUCGCUGCCAACCGAAGUUUGAAAGGAUGCGCCGACCGCCCAAUCAUCUUCGUCUGCCAUUCUCUAGGAGGCCUGGUUGUGAAACGUGCCCUGAUUUACUCUCGCAGCCUCUCAAGUGAGAAGACCGAGCAUCUUCGCUCAGUAUACGUCUCGACCUUCGGCAUUCUAUUCCUUGGUACGCCGCACAAUGGAUCUGAUAUCGCGAAAUGGGGUCUAUUGCUGCACAACAUCUGCAACGCCGUCCUCCCGAAGAAAUUCAUGGAGGCAUCUCCACAGCUCAUCAAGUCUCUUCGGACAAAUAACGAAACCUUGCAGCAUAUCAACAGUCUAUUCGUAGACAUCAUGGGUCGAUUCCACAUCUAUUUCUUUCACGAAACACGAUCUACAGAUGUACGAGGCACUCGAGAAGUGAUUGUGGACGAGGCAUCUGCGGCACCAUAUAUGGAGGGCGUGGAGCGGAUGGGCAUUGAGGCCGAUCAUAGCCAUAUGUGCAAAUUUGACGACGAGAACGCUGCUGGCUAUGAAGUGGUUGCUGAAGCAAUUCUCCGAUACUCACGCCAAGCCCCACAUAUCAUCAAGGAUCGUUGGGUGGAGGAAGUGAACGUUCGUACUCAAGAAAAGAAAGCUAAGGCUCGAGAGAUCUAUGAUGGAAGAAUAGAUGACCCAGCAAAUCGAAGCAUGCCAGAUUUGAACAGGCCUGGCCAAUCCGUACCAAGUCUCCCGCGUGCUCCUGCAACAGAAGGUCGCAGUUCCCCCAUUUCUGAUCUGGAAAACAGCGGAAACCUUGAAUUCUCUCACUAUUCCCACACAAAUCCACCGUUAUUCGUGGCACCCCCGGGCUUCCACCCAAAUGCCACAUUCUUUGGCAUGCAAAAAGAGCUUGCAGUAUUGCAUAAUCGACUAUUCAAGGCAAAGGCGCGGGCAGAAAGAACCAUGGCCGUUUUGAUCUCUGGCGUUCCAGGCUCCGGAAAGACGCAUUUAGCACGGCAGUAUGUGUUCGAACAACGCGACUGUUACCCAGGUGGGAUAUUCUGGAUUGAUGCUAAAUCCCGCGAAUCAGCAUACAAAUGCUUCUGGGAGAUUGCCCAAGCCGCGACGCUGGUUGAUCACAAGGAAACUGUGGACCCCGAGUACCAGGAAUCGCAAAGGUAUGUAAGUGCCGUGCGGAACUGGCUCCAGGCCCGACAGGAUUGGCUCUUGGUUUUUGAUGGAGUGACCUUUGACCGGGACGAUGAUAUCAACGAGUUCAGAUCUUUUUUGCCGUGGAAUCGCCAGUGCAGUAUCAUUUACACCUCGGUUGAUACGACACUGCGGAAGAAACAGCGACUGUAUGAGCCCUACUGCCUGAUGAUUUCUCGGAUGCAUGUCGAGGAUGCUUGCAGGCUUCUGUUCAAGGAUGUUGGAAUUACCCGACCUACAGCCGAGCAGGUCUCCAAGGCUACCCGUAUAGUAGAACACUACGAGUGUCUACCAUUGGCGAUCCAUGCUAUUGGACAUCGUCUCAAUGCCACAGGAAAGCCCAUUGAAAAAUAUCAUGUGAAAUCCCAAGUGACGGACAAGAAGCUCGCCGAACCAUUCUUGAGCAUUGUGAAUGAUUUGUUUCGCCUGCAGCAAAGGCAGGCAUUGCAUUUGAUCAACCUCCUUUCGUUCCUUGGACACCAGGUUCCCGUGGGACUGUUGAACCUUGGAAAGGCUGCCAUGACGGCCGAGAAUUUGGAAAUCCAGACAAGUGCCCAAACUGGAGAGGACCCUGAUCUUGAUAAUACCCUCGGAACUCUCAUACACUAUGGACUGAUCGAGAGGACCUCGGUAGCGGGUGUUGUCCGACAAACUUCAUCGCUGAAUCAGUUGGAUCACCAAUCUGACGGGGAAACGCCUGGGGAUUCCAAGUCUUUUCCUGAAUUCUCCGAAUCUCAAAAUGAAAGCAGCCAGGAUGGCUUCUUUUCUAUUUAUCGCCACAACUCGGCAGUUGAUGUGAUUAAAAUCCACAGUGUCGUCCAAGGGUUCUGUCGAGAUGAGCUUCGAAUCAAGGACGAAGAAAAUAAGGGUGUCAUGAACAAACACGACCCGGGGUUCUACGAUACCUGGCUGAUUGUUGCAACUCGGUUUCUUCUCAAAUCUUACGACUCCGCCAGGGAGAGAAUGACACAUGACCAGAGCUGUGGUCUUGUCCGGGACUAUCGAGAAUACGAAACCCAUGUCUCGCGAGUGGUUGAGCUCUUCCCGAAGAGACCUUUAAUGGCUUCACACCCACCCAUCCUUCGCGAAGCAAGAGAGGGCCUACGUCGCUUACUGAAGAACAUUGGCAAAGAGAUUGAGAACCUCUCUCCUAGCUCCUCACGCCACUUGACCGACAACCAAAAAUCUGUUUUUGAUCGCUCAAGCAGCUCGUCCUCAUCGUUUCCCGAAUCUUCGGCCGACGAAGGUCUAUCGCACCAGAAUACGUUCAACUGGGAUGAUCUUAACUCCCCUCGAGCGGAAUCACCCGAGCAGAUGGCAGUGCCUCUUCCUCGCUUCAGGUUGGAGUUGUUCCCUCCCCAUAUAUUCCGGGGAGCCGGGUAUGAGUCUGAAGAAGGUUAUGAAACCGACGGAGAAGCCAAAGCAGUUGUUCGAGUCUCUCCAGCUUUGUCACAAAUAAGCAAUACCACAGAAAAGGCGAAACAAACUCUUUCAGCCAGCCCUCCAAUUUCAUCCAACGAACAGGAAUGGCAGGUAGUCAAUCGUCACCAAAGGCCAAGGCCAAAGCAACCCAAGGGAAGAAACCGAAGAAGACCAAACAAAGGCCCUGGCAACUUUACAGGCACCAAGGCCGAUACCCCACUUGCAAAAGUAUCCUCUAUUCAAGGACGAGGUUCCUCAAGUCGAACGCCUUCGGGCGAAACAGUCAGCUCUACAAUCCUGGGCUCAGAGGCCGAAAGAGCACUCGCUGCAGUCCGUCGACUUAGCAACUCCCAAGCGUCUUCUGAAAGCUCACAGCAAACGACUAUAUCUGCGCCAGCGAACCCGCCAGCAAGCAAAGAAAAUCUGCCGACGUAUGCAAAUGUUGCCACCCGACGGAUCCUAGAGGCGGAAUCAGCCGUGAAGCGCCCUUCAUCAGUGCCUGUAUCUCGCGCACUAGAUCCUGCUAGUGGCUUGCAGAUGAAACAUUCCACCGAGUCACUUGAUGGUGAAAUGGGCUAUGGUUUUGCGUCUCCCUUGUCUCAUGAGCUGAGACCCCACGAACUGUUGAUGGAGCCCAUGAGCCGUUCAACAUACAGUGAGCCUGGCGAUGAUAUCUUCGACUAUCAGUUUAAUGCCGUUGACUAUCACACUGCACCUGGGUCAAGAUCUAAUUCUCGCCGUACCUCUAUGGCACAAUUCGAAAUUUCCCGGAACCUGUCUGCGAGUGUACCAUCCAUCCUCCAAUACCCACAGCCGCUACCAUACGAAGAAGAUAUUUCUAUCAGCAUUCCGAAUCUCCGAAGGCCAUCAAGAACAUCAGGCACAAGCACUCCAUCUGGGUUCCCAAGACCCGUCCCAAUCGCUCAUCCAUCCGCAAUAAUGCCAGGCACUUUUCCGCACUCAUCAAGUUCAAACCUGCCAGUGGGAUCUGCCCCCGAGCAGCCAACUAUAGAUGCCCUAUCGCGUGGCUCGUCCGCAUUUUCCCAUCAAUCAUGGGCAACAGAACCUGUUCGAUACCCACCGCGGUUCUCCCCACUGCCAAAUUUCCAACAUCAACCUCCAGAGCCAGAAUCUGCUGCAUCCCCACAUCUUCAACAACAGCAAUUACUCUCUGGCAUUGGGAGCUGGACAGCAGAUGUGCGUCUGGCGGACAGUGCGCUCCAGUCCGACCCUGCCUUUAUUGGGCCGCCACCAACAAACAGGCGACUGGGUUUAAUGGAUGAACGAUUAAAGUUCAUAGAUUCAGCCUGGAACCCAGAACCCGUGAAUUCCCAAUACUUGAACUUCGGCGGCCACCGUGUCGAUGUUCGGGAUGCACGUCAACGGCUGAGUGAGUCUGCGAGGUUGCAGGCUCCACGUCGUCCACCGCAAUACCAGCUAUAUCAUCCCAAUUUAUCUGGACCUUUGGUACAACACAAUGAUCAGAUAUAUGCGCCUGCUCCACCACUGGAGGUAUACGGGAGACGGCCACGGAGUGGAAGCUCGCCUCCACGCCCGGAAUAUGAAGGUCUCGGCGUGCGAUUAUCAUGA